CCAUCUGCCCAACCCAAAGCCUACCUGCAGCUCGCCCAGGAGCACCACAUAACACAGCGGCGCUGCACACACACCUUUCUUUCUACUGGGUGCACAUGGGUCUCACUCCCUCCCCCUCAUGGCUGGGACGCGUGGCCCUUCUUAGCCAAUGAGCUUUUGACUAGCCCCGUCGGCGGCUCUGUGCCAACCCCAUAGACAGAAUCCGCAUGCGCUAGACUGAGAAGGCAUGCCGGGGUUUAGAAAGAAAGAAAGGGAAAUAAGACACAAGACAGACAGCUAGAGGGUGGGGUUUCUGGCGUCGGGUCCCGCCUCCCCAGUCCGGAGCGAGCUUGGGAGUGACGUUUGGCGUAAGAGGGGAAAGGCAGUGCGCGCGCGCGCGCAUGACGCAGUUGCCCAUGGUAACCGGGAGCCGCGUAGAGGAUGGGUUUGCUGUCAAUUCUGCGUAAAUUGAAGAGUGCACCAGACCAGGAGGUACGGAUCCUCCUCCUGGGAUUGGAUAAUGCAGGCAAGACUACACUAUUGAAACAACUAGCAUCUGAAGACAUCACUCACAUCACUCCAACACAAGGUUUUAACAUUAAAAGUGUGCAGUCACAAGGUUUCAAGCUGAAUGUGUGGGACAUUGGCGGACAGAGGAAGAUCAGGCCGUACUGGAGGAAUUACUUUGAGAAUACAGAUAUUCUGAUUUAUGUCAUUGAUAGUGCAGAUAGAAAGAGAUUUGAAGAAACGGGUCAGGAGCUAGCGGAGCUCUUAGAUGAAGAGAAGCUGAGUGGUGUUCCUGUACUCCUCUUUGCUAACAAACAAGACUUGCUGACGGCAGCCCCUGCUUCAGAGAUUGCCGAGGGCCUGAACUUGCACACAAUUCGUGACAGAAUCUGGCAGAUUCAGUCUUGCUCGGCCCUCACAGGAGAGGGUGUGCAGGAUGGGAUGAACUGGGUCUGCAAAAAUGUCAAUGCAAAGAAGAAGUAAGUCCAACAGAGUUGCAUGGAAUCGGAGGGGCCGCAGGAGCCAAACACACUAGCUGGCUGCUAGUGUCUGACCAAAUAUUUUUCCAUCUGCGUGCAGCUAUAGCUGUUAGAAAUGGGAACAGCAGCUAUGCCUACUGCUCACAUUGGAACUUUACUUGCUCUCUAGUAUCAUCCCCCCUUUUAUGCAUAAAUAGUGUUAUUAAAGUUUUCCAUAUUCACCUGAUUAUAGAAAUGAGAUCUGAAAAUGAGAUCUGAUUGUGGUUUAGCAUAAAGACGACUGGUGGGUUCAACCUAGGAUGGUUGUCGCAAUGUGUGGGAGUCCACAUUGCUUUUGAAAUUGCUCAGGAUGCUCGCUUGGUACCAUUCAAAGCUUUUCUCCUUGACAAAUGGGAUGGUGUUUCGUUAGCAUGUGUGCUUCAAUUUUAAAAUGUUACUUUGUAUAAUGCUGGUAAGAGACUUGCACACCCACAUGAAGAGCCUUUCUUUUAUCAAGAUACUUAGGUAUCCCUGCCUUUCCUUUCAUAACAUGUAUGUUGCAGCUCCGUUCCUUAAUUACCUGAAUGUAAGAAUCAUCAGGACACUAGGUAUGCUAUAGUUUGCUCAAAUAGCACAGUGUCAAGCUGUAAUACAUUGUAGCAUAUAUACAGUAUGGUUGGCAUAUAGGGACCAGAUAUCCUUUAGCAUUACAUUUUGUUGCACUGUAUAAAUCCCUCAGUGAGGAUGGAAUUUUAACAGCAUGGCAGCAGUCCAUCUAGUGCUCAUGUUUUAACUGCAAAGAACUGGUAACUGUUCUUUCCUUUACUGCUUUUGGGGAUGCUUUGAGUCAGGUUUUGAUUCAGGGUGCCCAAGACCUACAAACUACAUGGGAAAUGUGCUAAUCCCAGUGAGUCCAGACCACUAACUGUGGGAUUAGCAGGGUCACUGUGGUGGCUCAGUCCUAAUGAGGAGGAGUUGGAACUGCACAGUCUGGCAUCCCAUCCAUGUGAGCCUGCACUACUUCCUGCACUUCCAGUUUAGAAAUUAAAUUGCAGCUCUAGCUGUGGAAAUGACAGUCUGGAUGUGUGAAAAAAUGAUACCCUUUACUUCAGGAAGUAUUUCUUAAUUAGUGGAGGGGUUUAGGGAGGGAAGUACUGUGUGAUCUUUAAAAAGUGCAGCAGCAGCAGCCCUCAGAAUAAGAGAAGAAAACCCUAUGACCUCGUACAGAAUAUUCACUAGGAAGAUGCAUGGAGGAAACACCCUGACCUUUGAACGACAUGCUGCUGAAAUGUAAUUUAGUGUUAUGUGCACCAUGGUUUAGCAUUACAAGCUUGCAUACUUCCCCACCCUUCUGCCACAUGUGAGGGGAGGAGAUUUAAAGUGUCUGUUGCUUGUCUGAUACAAACUGCAGUUUCCCAUGCUUUAUGUUGUUCCCCAUCAGUUGGGUAGCUGAUGGACUUUGAACAUGGAGAGGGAAACUAUGGUUUGUAUCAAACUGGGAACAGAAAGCUCCUCUCUUCGCCUUACGCAGAGAAGGAAAGAGGGAGACCUGUGAGCCCAAGGCUUGUGCAAACAUAGGAGGCUGCUCCUCACCUCGAGAUCAUCUGCUAAAUUCAAGAACAAAGUCAUUUGGUGAGAGCAAUCUUGCAUGCAAUACAUUCAGCAUGCAGCAUGAGAUUAUAACCCACACUGCAAGGCUGAAAAUGUCAUGGCAUCCAUAAUGCCCAUUCUUAUUCCUAGUGGGAGAAAGGGAGCAUGCUUUCGUAAACCUCAAAUUAUGUGCAUACCUUGGAGAGCCAGUGCAUUAGCCACUUUCAGACAUUUCUUGACCACAUAUUCCAUUGGUGUCCCCAACUUUAUGCAACUGGUUUAGGCUUUAGGUCCUAUUAAUCUAGAUACAGCAAAAUGCAAAUCUAGCAACUAUCAUUUCUUGUCAACCUUGACUUUGCCUCUAUAUUGCUCUUUCAUGUUGGUUUGUUACAAACAUUAAUUGACGUCCAUAUCCUAUAUUAGAUAUUAAAUUUCUAGCUCACCUACUCUAAGCAGUUUAUGGGAGAAAUAAAGUCAUAAACAAACAUUGCCAGAGUGAGUUAGUAAGAACAAAAGUGCAGAUUACUAUCUGAAUCUAUCCCAAAUAUGACAGCUAAAAAUACCACUAAAAGCACAUGCUUUAUGUUGUUCCCCAUCAGUUGGGUAGCUGAUGACAUGGUGCAAUUAAUGAUUUAUGUUUGUCAAAAGAUAUUCCUUCUCUAGAGGUCCAAUGUAUACAAACCACUGUGGAAAGAUUUUUUGCACUUUUAGCCCAGUUUUAAAAGACAUAAAAUAGCUUUGUAGACUAUUCACUCCAGAUGUUGGAAAGGCCUGUCUGCUCAUGGCAUAAUGUCUGCAAGGUUCCCCUCUAAAAUCCAAAAGAAGCUGCUACUCAGGAAAAUGUACAUUCUCUUUAUUGUCUGUGCAUCAAGCUAAAGAAACACCCCCAAACACCACCCAGCUGACAAACUGUGAAGCAAUCCAACCCUACUCCCAUCUGUGACUUCUAUCUUUGGGCACAAAAUCUCAGCUUUUCCAAGACCACAAACAAAAUGCAAAUGAUGCUGGUUCUGUCCCGAUCUCUUCUGUUGCUGAAGUUAUUUUGCAGAAAAAGGAAUCUGACUGGUACAAGUGGAAUUAAUUGAACCAAAAGGAACCACCAUGCUUCAUCAUCUUCAACAACCCUAGAACUCCAGCCAUCAUACCUUCAUCAAGCUCAAAUAAUUUUGAGUUAACUAAAGCAUCUGAGAACUACAAGAUGAAGUUGAUUGUCUCCAAGAACAACCUCUACCUGGUGGAUGCUUCACAAGUAAUAUGCAAGAAACAGGACAGUUAUGGAGUAAUCUGCCUCUGCUGUUCCUAACAAAUAAAAAGGACUGCUCUGAGCAGGGGAAUUAGCAUCUUCUGACCAGCUUAGUUAGCAGCUACCCAUCCUCCAUGAUUUUAUCUAAUCAUUUUUAAUUUCAGCUCUGCUAUUGGCCUUCAUGAGAACCCCAAGACCGUGAGCCCUGCACGUUAGGUACAUACUGUGUGAAAGGAUUUAUCUUGACUUAAGUACAAAUACCAACUAUGCUCCAGGUCUUUAGCAAGCGGUUCUGCCAGUAAAGUACUCUCUCAUUUUUUUUAACUGCAUCUUUCCUGUUUGGAUGUCACUAAGCUGUCUUGAUACAUCAAAGCCAAGCCAGAAUGGCUGAAGUAUAACAUGAGAGACCAUGCAACACAUUAUGUUUCAUGCAACACAUUAGAAUGAAAAGAGCAUGGUUCAUAUGUAGCUUAAUGACUUGUUCUUUUGAUUAUACAUGGCUGGGUCUGCUCUCUAAAAAGGACGCUCUUAUAUGCCAGAUCAUGCUCAGCUGUUAUAAAAAGCCAUAGCUGCAAGCUCUGUCCAGUGCACCAUCUCUGCUUUCCCAUCCUAUCUUGCUUUAGGGUACCUCUAAUCUUUAUCUGAUCUCUUCAUUUUCUUAUCUCUUUUUUGAAGUUAAUGAAAAUGGGGUGUGGUAAUAUUUGGUGAUGUUAAGCCUCAGUGUAUAUGUUUUAGACGUUUGGCAAACUUGAAUAAAAUUUGGUAGAAAUGACAAA